GAGGAGCCAUUUUGUUGUGAGAGAGACGAAGCGGAGGAGAGAGUGAACAUCUCAGCUGUGGUGUUGGGGCGAAGAGGUUGUUGACUCCUGUAGGAAGUAACUUCUUCACCAAACAGCUGCAGCUGGUAUAGUACGUGGCGUUUUCACCCACAAAUCCUUAAGGAAGUCGAUUUAAGGGCUUCCGGUAGCGCAGUGUGUGCCGAGGUGAGUUGAUGUUCAGCUCAGCUUCACGACAGAACGCUGCUUUUUGGCACAUGAACACCAUCAACACCAUCACUACCAUCAACAUCGAGCUAAACACGUGUGCAGUGAGAAGUAGACGGACUACUUCGAGGACCUGGAGACAGAUCAGUGACGAGACAGUGAGAAGGAGAAACCUCUGCAAAGGCAACUUUACCACAACAACAGAGAGGUGACAUCCAGCACAGUCAGAAUGGGAGGUGGUGAGAGAUACAACAUUCCAGCGCCCCAUCCCGAUCACUCGGCCUCCACAAAGCACAGCCACGUCGGCAAGGCCAAGUCGAGGAUCCGGAACCAGCACGCCGGCGCAUUUCCUGCGUCUCCCGGCGCUCAGAUGACCCCCGAGAAACUGGCGGAGAAGGAGAACAGCGGCUCGGUCCGUUUCUCCUACAGCGAUCAGUGCUGGGGCGGAGCCGUGACUCACCUGAACAACAUCCUGGUCACGCACUGCAGCCACGCCUACGCCGGCGCCAAAUUCAGCGAGCCUCCUUCUCCCAGCGUGCUCCCAAAACCUCCUAGUCACUGGGUUUCCCUUCCCAUGAUUCCCUGCGAUCGGCGCGAGAUGAUGGCCUUUCAGUUAAAGAGCCUCCUCAAAGUGCAGGCGUAAAAAAAAAAAAAAACCCCACAAUGUUAACGAACCAUCAGCGACUUCGUCAGGCUCCGCCCCUCCUGCAACGCUGCAGCGCCAUGAUAUCUAUUUUAAGCGGGACCAUUUCUGCAAACGGUUCCUCUUUAAAUGUAAAUAGUUUUUUUAAAGGUUCGGGCGGGUAUUGCAUCGCUGCGGCCUUACAGGAGGGCGGAGUUUAAAUGUGUCAAUCAACCAAAUGCUCAACUGGAUCUCCUUCUUGCUAAUGUUAGGUUUUGUUGUUUUUGUUGGCCGUUAACGUGUGUGUGUGUGUGUGUGUGUGUGUGUGUGUGUGUGUGUGUGUGUCUGUGUGUGUGAGAGAGAGAGAGAGUGUGUGUCAGGGCGAUGGGACAAAUCACUUCACACGAACGUGUGCAUCACAAUAAUCAUCGUUUAUAUUUCAGCACAGACAAGUUUUGAUGCGAGUGUGUUUGUGUGUGUGUGUGUGUGUGUGUGUGUGUGUGUGUGUUUGUAUGAUUUAUCCUCACAACAUGGUGCGCACACACACCUUGUGGUUUCAGCUCCUGUACUUUUAUAAUUAGCGCUGUGCGCACUGCACUAUGGGGGUUGAAAUUCUACGAGGUGUGUAAAUAAGCAGUGUCUCCUUUCUCUUUAUUCCACCAAUCAUCAGUGUUUAAGUUCCGUGAAGUAAUCCAGUGUAUCACCUGCAGCGAGUCCCCUUGGUCACAUGGUCACAGACCUGCGUGUGCUGAUGAUCUGUAAAACUACACCGCGCGCUGUGGGGCGUGAACCGAGUCGAGUUCUGUCCAGGUGCAGUUUAGUUUCAGACGGGUUUAAAGGAGCGCUUCUGAGGGCUCUGAUUAAAGUAAAGUACUAAUCACACCACCGCCACAGAGCCGUGACAUCAGCACACGCUUGUCUGGAGGAUUUACACCACAGAGGAGAUUUGAACACGAUCAGUGACGUACGCAGCUUUCUGGUGAACCAUGCGGAGGAAGGCAUAUGUGGGCGGGGCAUCGGGGUGUCGAUCAUCUCGCUGUCUCGCUUCGUUCGCCUGUUUGCCACGGGGCGCGUCGCUAACAUCGUGUCUUAGCAAUUAAUCCGUUUACCUUUUUAAAAAGGGGCCAAAGUUUUAGACUCAUUCGACUUGUUCUUUGCCUUGCACUGUGUCCAUGUUGUGAGCGUGAAGUACCCCCACCCCCCUGCUUCUUAUUUCUGUAUAACGUGUUCAGGCGUGUGCUGUAUCGGAUCCGCUGCCUGAUAACCGUCCGAUCUCAUCGCUUUACGCUGAUGGUGUACCUAAAAUCAGUAGAUGGUUUAAUAUGGAGCGCGUUGGCGCUGUAUCGCAGGUUUAGAUGUCAGUACGAUCACAUCACUUCCUCUGACAGGUUUAGGUUAUCCACGAUGCGUUACGAAGAUAACCGUGGAUUAUUUCUGCCAUUACGCCGUGUAUCUGGUUAUCGGCACUCGCCUGAACACGGCGUCCCUCCUCUGCGCACGGCGCGUUAGCGGCCAGCCGGAAGACGACUCUGAGGAGCCGUGUAAAUAAUGAGAUGUACAAACCUGUAGUAUACUGUAUAUUAAACGCAGGGUUGUUUUAAACCUGCUGAUAAAGUAUUUUUAGUAAGAACACUGAAUGUAAGUCACGCAGAAGACGUGGCUUGAUUUGAAAUGCUGAAAUUAUUUUUGUCUAAAAAAAGAAAAAAGAAAAUAUUUGCCUGUAGCGAGUCUCUACCUGUGAUCCUGCACAGCUGUUUAUUACUGAACACGCAGACCGGGAAACAGCUGUAAGUGCAAAGUUUAUAAAAUAUAUAUGUUCAAAUUCCACAGACUCUUUUACACACACACACACACACUCUCUCCAUUUUCAAAUAAGAACCAUGGGUUUGUUUUGUUUUUUCAAGAAAUACUUUGUCUCGAUUGUUUCAGUAAAUUGUAAUGGACGCAGGUGUAUCAGGUGUGAGUUCCUUCCUCCGCAGACUCACAUUUGAAUACAGCGCUGUAAUGUUUUUGUUUUAAUUGAUUUUCUUCUUUUUUUCUCUGUGUGUGUGUGUGUGUGUGUGUGUGUGUGUGUGUGUGUGUGUGUAAAAGUCUCUCAACCUUCCCUAAUAAUUGGCUUGUAAUAAUUUGUCCCAAACUUUUAAGAAAGUCACUUGUGGAGGGAAAAAGAAAAGUUAAAGCCCAUUUUAUUGUAAUUGGAAUGUAGUAAAGUUUUGAAAGCACUGUCUGAUUUGGUUAAAAAAUAAAUAAUAAAACUCCUCCCCUUUCACCCCCCAAAA